ACGCGCUCGCCCCGCACGCGGCGCGAUGGGACGCGACGAUGACGACCACGCGGAGAUGGACCCGGACGCGCUCAUGCGGCGCGGGGAUAAGAAGAUGACCGUGUCGUUCACUCGAUGGAAACCCGACCUGGACGAGGCGGUGCGAUGCUACGAGGAAGCCGGCGUGAAGUACAAGGCGACGCGAAGGAAGAAGCAAGCGAUCGUCGCGUUCGAGAAGUGCGCCGAGGCGUCCGAGCGCCAGGGCAGCGAGUGGCACGCGGGGAAGCACCUCGAGCAGUGCGCGAUGCUCGCUAAGGACGCGGGGACGCCCGCGGAGGUGGCCGCGUUCGCGGAGCGCGCGUGCGCGGCGUACUGCACCGCGGGACGCGCGCAAAGGGGCGCGGAGUGCCUCGGGAAGUGCGCGAAGCUCAUCGAGGACGCGGACGGCGACGUCGCGUGCGGGUUGCUCCUGCGCGCGUGCGAGAUGUUAACCGACGACGAUAAACACGUGUACGCGCAGGAUUUGUUCAGGACCGCGGGCUCGAUCAAAAUGCGCCAGGAAAAGUUCCAGGAGGCGUCCGACGUCAUGCUUCGCUUCGGCGCGUGCUGCGACGUCACGGACAGCGCGCCGAGUCUGUGCAAAGCCUACCUCUCCGCGAUCAUCGCGCUGCUGUACGCGGGCGACGGCGUCGGCGCGCAGGCGACGUACGCGGACGUGAGCGGCGUGCCAAAUUUCCAAGGCAGCGAGGAGCAGAGGACGUGCUACGGUCUGAUCGACGCGUUUCGAGACGCGGACGUCGCGCAGAUUCAGAGAGUCGUCGAGCGGAGUUCCACCGCGGCGUUUCUGGAGCCGCCGUUCGCGCGCGCGGCGAAGAAGCUGCCGCGGCCGGGCGUGGAUUUGAAGGCGCUCAGCGUGAAGAUGGGCGGCGGCGGCGGCGUUCUGGCGCAGGGCGAGGGGUUCAUGGGGGACAGAGUUCCGGAGAACGUGGACGACAUCGACAUCGGGGAGGAGGACGACGACGACCUGACGUGA